CGCUGGGAGCCAGCAGUCCUGUGGGGGAGCCGGAGGCAGGGAGAGAGUGAAAGCUGAACUUGGAGACUAUUUAGUCCUUCCUCACCUGGGAUCAGCCGAUGGGACGCCCGCUGGCUGCCUCGGGCCAGCUCCCAGAUUGACCCCAUGUUAGAGGAAACAGAGCCGCUCACUUCACUCUGAAUUUAACAGAUCCCUUCAGCCUGGGAGCUCUUCUCGGCACCCGGCCACGGGAAUCCCUUUACAAUGAAUGGGAUCAGCUGCACGGAAGCGCUGCUGAACGGACCAAAGGAGAAGCAGGCUUCAACUACAGAGGUACAAAUUGGGCCCAUGAGACUGACACAAGAUCCUGUUCAGGUUUUGCUGAUCUUUGCUAAAGAAGACAACCAAAGUGAUGGGUUCUGGUGGGCUUGUGAUAGAGCUGGAUACAGAUGCAAUUUUGCCAGAACACCAGAGUCAGCGCUUGAAUGUUUUCUUGAUAAGCACCAUGAAAUAAUUGUCAUAGAUCACAGGCACGCCAGAUACUUUGAUGCAGAAGCAAUCUGCAGGUCAAUUCGUGCUACAAAGCCAUCAGAACACACUGUGAUACUUGCUGUUGUUCCCUGCAUAUCUGCUGACCAAGAAGAGACCUCUGUUCUUCCCCUUCUCCAUGCGGGCUUUGAUAGGAGAUUUAUGGAGAAUAGCAGCAUAAUUGCUUGUUACAAUGAAUUGAUUCAAAUAGAACAUGGGGAGGUGCGGUCACAGUUCAAACUACGGGCUAGUAAUUCAGUGUUUACAGCACUAGACCAUUGUCAUGAAGCUAUAGAAAUAACCAGUGAAGAUCAUGUUAUUCAGUAUGUUAACCCAGCCUUUGAACGGAUGAUGGGCUAUCACAAGGGAGAGCUUAUGGGAAAGGAGCUUACUGAGCUACCAAAAAGUGAUAAAAACCGUGCAGACCUUUUAGACACUAUCAAUAUGUGUAUCAAAAAAGGAAAGGAAUGGCAAGGGGUUUACUAUGCAAGAAGAAAAUCAGGAGAUAGUAUCCAACAACAUGUGAGGAUAACACCUGUGAUUGGUCAGGGAGGGAAAAUUAGACAUUUUGUGUCCAUCAAGAAGCUGUGUUGUACCAAUGAAAACAAUAAACAGCUCUACAAGAUUCAUCGUGAUGAGAAGUAUGCAGGAGACAAUUCACAGGCAGAAUCCCACUCCUUCAGAUGCAAGAACAGGAGGAAAGAAUCAAUUGAUGUCAAAUCAAUAACAUCUCGAAGCAGCGAUGCGCCAAGCUUACAGAAUCGUCGGUAUUCAUCGAUGGCGAGAAUCCACUCAAUGACAAUAGAAGCACCCAUCACAAAGGUUAUUAACAUUAUCAAUACUGCCCAGGAGAACAGCCCCGUCACAGUAGCAGAGGCUUUGGACAGAGUUUUGGAAAUCUUACGGACAACAGAACUUUACUCCCCUCAGCUAGGUACCAAAGAUGAAGAUCCUCAUACAAGCGAUCUUGUUGGAGGUCUGAUGACUGAUGGCUUGAGAAGAUUGUCAGGAAAUGAGUAUGUAUUUUCUAAGAACAUGAACCAAAGCUAUAGUCACCUUUCAGUGCCAAUUACCGUCAACGAUGUACCACCUUGUAUCGCACAGUUACUUGAUAACGAAGAAAGCUGGGACUUUAAUAUUUUUGAACUGGAGGCUGUUACAAAUAAAAGGCCAUUAGUUUAUUUGGGUUUAAAAGUUUUUGCCCGGUUUGGGGUCUGUGAAUUUUUAAACUGUUCAGAAGCAACACUACGAGCCUGGUUCCAGGUGAUUGAAGCCAACUACCACUCCACCAACUCGUACCACAACUCCACACAUGCAGCAGAUGUUUUACACGCUACUGCAUUCUUUCUUGGAAAGGAGAGAGUUAAGGGAAACCUUGACCAUUUAGAUGAGGUGGCUGCAUUAAUAGCUGCCACAGUUCAUGACGUGGAUCACCCAGGACGGACCAACUCUUUCCUGUGCAAUGCAGGAAGUGAAUUAGCUGUACUUUAUAAUGACACUGCUGUAUUGGAAAGUCACCAUACAGCAUUGGCGUUCCAGCUCACAGCUAAAGACAACAAAUGCAACAUUUUCAAGAAUAUUGAUAGGAACCAUUAUCGGACAUUACGCCAGGCUAUUAUUGACAUGGUUUUGGCAACAGAAAUGACAAAGCACUUUGAGCAUGUGAACAAGUUUGUGAACAGCAUUAACAAGCCUAUGGCAUCUGAGGAAACCAACUCAAAUAGUGAGGGCAGUGACUGUGAAUGUGCACCCAACGUAAAGAAUUUUCCAGAGAACCAGACGCUGAUCAAGCGCAUGAUGAUAAAAUGUGCAGAUGUAGCAAAUCCUUGUCGCCCUUUAGAACUGUGUAUUGAAUGGGCCGGGAGGAUUUCAGAGGAAUAUUUUGCACAGACAGAUGAAGAGAAAAGACAGGGUCUACCAGUUGUAAUGCCAGUAUUUGAUCGAAAGACCUGUAGCAUCCCCAAGUCUCAGAUAUCCUUCAUCGAUUAUUUUAUAACAGACAUGUUUGACGCCUGGGAUGCAUUUGCACAUCUACCUGUUUUGAUGGAACACUUGGCUGUUAACUACAAACACUGGAAAACAUUAGAUGAGUUAAAAUGCAAGAGUCUCAGGCUUCCAGCAGAGAACAACAACUGAAGCAAAGAGAAGAAAACCUCUUGAUCUACCAGUCACACUGUGAAUCAUUUACUAAAUUAGAUAGAAGAGGCACUGUGUCUCCUUUAAUAUGAACUUACAAACUCUGCAGCAAGGAGAAAAUAUUUUACUCCUCACUUUUAAAAUGCUCUAAAUUCUACAAAAAUGUUUUUCAUCAAGGUAUGUAACUGGAGAUAAAUAAAUGGUCUUUGGAACUACCCUUUUGUGGCAGAACAGGUAUUUCUAAAGCUAAUUUGUAAAGUUUGUUUUAGUGCAUUUGUCCAAUCUUGUAACUGGUGCAAUUUUAUUUAGUGACUAAAAUAUACUAUGUACCAAUGGUUCUCAUAAAAAAGUGUAAUCUAGUCACCUGUGAAAUGCAAAUAGGUUAAUCAAACACAAAAUAGAGUAAAAACCACCAUAAUUCGGCAUAAAUUUGCCCCCGUUACCGUAAGUAAAACUUUUUAAGAACUUUAUUUCUAAAGAAAAGUUCUAGAGUAGAACAAGUGAGGCUUCAUAGUUUCAAAACGUACUGUUUUUAGAGAGGAACACAGUCUAGCCUGCCUACAAACUUUAACCGUUUGUUAUUAAUCAAACAUAGAAUAUAAUUUUACCUCUGUCAUAUUGCACAGAUCAACCUGUUUCUCUUUCCCAUAUAAACUCUUGAUUGUUGUAAUUAAAUUAGACUGAUUUAAUUAUAUUUGUUACAUAGAGGGGACUUAUCAUGGUUCAUAUAAUUGGUGCGAUUCACUCUUUUCUCUGCCAUCAUACAGAGGUUACCAGGAGACAUUUUGUCAUAUUUUACAUGUAAGCCAAUACAGCAUGGGAUUGAUCAACAAACUUUUUAAUAAAAUGUUGUUUGUACACAUGGUCACUAAGAUUUUAUUAAAUCUAAAUUUUAUGGACACAAGGCCAUAUGUUGUGAGAUAUAUAU